GCCGCUUCAAAACCAAACUUUUACCACCGCGGCCUGGAGACGCACCUCCCAGCGCUCUCUCUCUCUCUCUCUCUCUCUCGAUUUCAUUUCUCGCACCGAACGCCCCGAAAACCACCCAGAAACACGCAGCCUUUCCGCUCCGCUCUCGGCUCUGCUGUCGCGCUCCGGCUUCCCGACCCGGAUCCACUUUUUCAUUUCUCUCCCACCCUCCAAUACGCAGCGGCGCGCCACGGCGGCGACGGGGCGGGGCGCGCUGUCGCCGCUGCUGCGCCCAAAUGGGGUACCUGUCCUGCCGCGCGGACUCGUCGGUGGCGACGUGCCGGUCCAUCUCCGCCAUCUCGCCGCUGCCGCUGUCGCGGCGGUCGGGGGUCGGCAGGCGGCACGCGCUGCCGGCGGCGACGAGGGGGGAAGGUGGGGAGGCGGCGGCGGCGGCCCCCGCCAUCGAGCGGUUCGCGUACGACGAGCUGGAGGCGGCGACGUCCCACUUCGCGGACGCGGCGCUGCUCGGGAGGGGCAGCCACGGGGCCGUGUACAAGGCGGUGCUCGCCUCCGGCCGCGCCGUCGCCGUCAAGCGCCCCUCCCCGCGCCGCCCCGAGGUGGACAACGAGAUCCGCAUCCUGUCCUCCGUCCGCGGCCCGCGCCUCGUCAACCUCCUCGGCUUCUCCGAUUCGGGCGCCGACCACCAGCAGCCGCACCGCCCGCGCCUGCUCGUCGUCGAGUACAUGCCCAACGGCACGCUCUACGACCUGCUCCACUCCAACCCGCGGCCGCCCGGGUGGCCGCGCCGCAUCCGCCUCGCGCUCCAGACGGCGCGGGCGCUCCGCGCUCUCCACGACGCCGACCCCCCGGUCAUCCACCGCGACGUCAAGUCCGCCAACGUCCUCCUCGACGCCAACCUCGACGCGCGGCUCGGCGACUUCGGCCUCGCCCUCCGCGUGCCCAAGCAGCUCCCCGGCGACGCCGCCAAUGCCGCCGCCGCCCCCACGCCGGCGCCGGCAGGGACGCUGGGCUACCUCGACCCGGCCUACGUCACGCCGGAGAGCCUCAGCACCAAGACUGACGUUUUCAGCUUCGGGAUCCUCCUCCUCGAGAUCAUGAGCGGCCGCAAGGCCAUCGACGUCCAGCACUCGCCGCCGUCGGUGGUGGAGUGGGCGGUGCCCCUGCUGCGGAAGGGCAAGGUCGCCACGCUCUUCGACCCGCGCGUCGCGCCGCCGCGUGACCCGGUCACCCGGAGGGACCUGGCCGCGCUGGCGGCGAGCUGCGUGCGUUCGUGCAGGGAGCGGCGGCCGUCGAUGGCUGACAUCGUCGAGCGGCUCGUGGUCCUCAGCAAGGCCAUAUCGGCCAAGGUGUGGAAUGGGCUCGCCGUGGUUGGUAACCCGUGCGCCGUCGUGGAUGUCCAGAAGACCAUUGCCAAGCGAGUUGCCGCUGCCGCCGCUGCUGAUGCUGCUGCUGCAGGUGGUAGCGCUGCGUCGGGGCGGGAGCUGAAUUCGGCAUUGGCAUUUGAUGAUGAUGAGAAGAAAGAGGAGGCGGCAAAUGCAGGUGCAUUAGUAGAGGAGGAUCAGGUGCCGUUGGUGGGUGCCAAGAAACCACCCCGGCCAUUGAAGAAUGGCAAGGUGUUCUCUGAAUCAGGGGCAAGGGAGAGGAGAAAUCUCCUGGAGCUCAUGGCUCGGAUCGAUGGUGUGGCCGGCCAAAGGUUUGGCAUUAGUCGGGCAAGAACAGUGCGUGGCGCUAGUGAAUCUAUUGAAAAAGAUGCGGCCGUGUUGCUCUUGAGGAGAAAUCAAACUGUGAAAGUAGUUGGAUCAGAGGAGCUUUCUAAAGCUGAUAUCUUUUCAAGUUUGGAUGCAAAAAUCAAGCAUGAAUUGGGGAAAGAGCAGAAAGAGAAGGCAGGUAAAAUCAAGCAGGAAUCAGUGGAAGAACAAGAGAAGGCAGGGAAAACCAAGCAUGAUGCAGGGACAGGCAAGGAGCAUGUUGAGAAGACAGGGGCGAUCAAUCGUAAAUCAGGGAAGGAGCAGGACAAAGAAGAUAAAAACCAAGAGAAAGAAGUGAAAAUCCAAGAAAGACUUGGGGAAAUCUUUGAUAAAGCAAGGAAAUCUGAAGAAAAGACAGAGACAAUUCUUGUCAAAGAAGAGAAAAUCCAAGACACAGCAGAGAAGAAACAAGAGCAUGAUGCUAGGGAAGUCGAAGACAAAUUGGAGAAGAUCCAAGACGAAGCCAAGAAAAUCCAAUGAGUGUAGAGAGUUAAAAUAAUGCAACUGUUCUUAAUCAAUUAUUGCUGGGCAGUU